AUGGAUGCUGCAAUGGGAAAUUACAAUGCAAGAUGUCGCCACUCGCUGGGUAAACUUGCAACGCUAGGUUGCAAGAGACGCAGUACAGAUGAUCUGUACAGCAGUAGAAAUGAUAAAUACAGCAGUACAGAUGAUCUGUACAGCAGUAGAAAUGAUAUAUACAGCAGUACAGAUGAUCUGUACAGCAGUAGAAAUGAUAUAUACAGCAGUACAGAUGAUCUGUACAGCAGUAGAAAUGAUAUAUACAGCAGUACAGAUGAUCCGUACAGCAGUAGAAAUGAUAUAUACAGCAGUACAGAUGAUCUGUACAGCAGUAGAAAUGAUAUAUACAGCAGUACAGAUGAUCCGUACAGCAGUAGAAAUGAUAUAUACAGCAGUACAGAUGAUCCGUACAGCAGCAGAAAUGAAAUAUACAGCAAUACAGAUGAUCCGUACAGCAGUAGAAAUGAUAUAUACAGCAGUACAGAUGAUCCGUACAGCAGUAGAAAUGAUAUAUACAGCAGUACAGAUGAUCCGUACAGCAGUAGAAAUGAUAAAUACAGCAGUACAGAUGAUCCGUACAGCAGCAGAAAUGAUAUAUACAGCAGUACAGAUGAUCCGUACAGCAGUAGAAAUGAUAUAUACAGCAGUACAGAUGAUCCGUACAGUACUACAACAUUACCGAUGAUCUUUACUACACAACUCAUAGUGCAUAUGGUACAAAACCUAUCAAAAUGUCUUUUGAGUUCACAAAUUUAG